CAUUCUGGUGGGGUCCCUGCUCGAGGUGCGGGCUUCGCAGCUGCUCCUCUGCCCCGGCCGCCCCCGCGAUGCAGAAGGGCUGGAAAAAGCUCCCGUCUCCCCAGACGGCGGUCGAGGGGACCAUGGACGAGUACCUGAAUAGUCUGGGGCUGUACCGUAAGCUCACCCCCAAGGAUGCCUCCUGCCUUUUUCGGGCCAUCUCGGAGCAGCUUUUCUCCAGCCAGAUUCACCAUUUGGAGAUCAGGAAGGCGUGCGUCGCCUUCAUGAGAGAGAACCAGCGCACUUUUGAAUCUUAUGUGGAAGGCUCUUUUGAAAAAUACCUGGAACGAUUGGGAGAUCCAAAGGAAAGUGCCGGCCAGCUGGAAUUAAGAGCGCUUUCUCUCAUUUAUAAUCGAGACUUCAUUCUCUAUCGGCACCCUGGGAAACCUCCAACUUUUGUCACAGAUAAUGGCUAUGAAGACAAGAUCAUGCUCUGCUGUUCCGGUAAUGGUCAUUAUGACUCCGUGUACACCAAGCAAUUUCAGGCUGAUGCCGCCAUUUGCCAGGCUGUACUCUAUGAAAUUCUCUACAAGGAUGUGUUUGUUGUGGAUGGGGAAGAGUUGAAAACUGCCGUUGAGGUAUAUCGUGACAAUGCCAGGAAGAACAGAAACGACAACUCCUUGGGGAGUGAUGACAGGAUGGACGAAUGGGGCCCGAGCACCAGCAGUGGCCAUGAGCACCUCUCUGAUAGGUACUGGCACGGACCAGAGGAAGGAAAGUUUUCAGAGAAUGUGUCCAAGAUGCCUUUUCCCUACAAAGUACUGAAAGCUCUGGACCCAGAGAUCUACCACAAUGUGGAGUUUGAUAUUUGGCUGGACAGCAGAAAAGAACUUCAGAAAUCGGAAUGCAUGGUGUUUGCUGGGAGACAGUAUUUUCUGGGAGACAAGUGCCAGGUUCGAUUGGAGCCAGGAGGGAGAUACUACAAUGCUCACAUUCAAGAAGUCGGCAGUGAUAAUACCUCAGUCACGGUCUUCAUCGAGGAGCUUGCAGAGAAGCAUGUCAUCCCGAUGGCUAACUUAAAACCAGUGACUCCAGUGACUCCAGUGACACCUGUUCCUGUCUGGAGUGUGCUCUCUAAUCGCAGAGGAGUAGGAGAUCCGGAUGUGAAGGGACGGAAGAGGAUGUUGAAGAAAGUUCGUGGGAAGGAGGUUUUCAUGACUGUGGCUUACAGCCGAGGCGAGCCCAUGCUCCCCCCCCGCUUCCAGCAUAACCUCCACACUGGCCGUGCCUCUCCCAUCCAUUGCCCCCCACAAAACAGCGGUGCCAUGGUGACUUACGAUCAGUUCCGUUCCCAGCAACCACCACCUCAGAGACACGGGCGGGGCUUCAGCAUGAACAGGGGAGGAUUGCCUCGAUUUAUGAAUAGAAGCAACAUGGUCCCUCCUGAGAUUCCAUUCUAUCCUGGGUCGGGCAAAAGAUGCUUCCCGAGCUAUGACAACUUUUCAUUUCGGUCCCGCUCUUACAGCCGGAGCCGCCGGCAGAUGCACUGUGUGAAUAAGGAAUGCCAGUUUGGCUUUCCCUCUGAGCCUGGACCUUCACCUCGGGGCCUGGAGGAAACAAUCACCUACUAUGAGAUUGAAGAAGGUGAUGAGACCGCUUACCCAGCUAUAGCGCCUCGGAAUACCCCAUCGCCAAUGACUCCCACGGCUGCCAGUGGAUACUGGGUAGCAAGACAGGGGCCCAGUGCUAUAACCUCAAGCAAACCAGCUGUGACUCCAUCUGAAGAAGACGUAGAUGAGCCCACUGACAGUGGUGAAUAUCACGACGACUACAUUUAUCCCCCAGAGCGAGACUAUGAGACUCCAUCUGUUUAUAGCACUGCUGAAUCAACUGCUAACCUGUCUCUCCAGGAUGGAAGACCAUGUUCUAUGCCCUCGCAAGAUACUGGUGCCUACAGCUACCCUCAAAAGAUGCUGAUGAGCCCAGCAGCCAUCUCUGCUGCUUCCUGUAGCAGCUCCCUGCCACCUGCUGUCUUGCCAAGUUGCCCACCAAAUUCUCAGGUGGCCACAGCGGCUGCUGCCGCCUCCGCUCCUCCCAGCACGACCUCUAUGUCAUCACAGACCCCUAUACAGCCUCUCUUUGUGGCUCCAGCUCAACUGAACCGCUCAGUGAUCCCAUCAGCAACAUACUCUUAUUAUCCUGCUCCUGUUGCUACAUCUGGUCCACCGAGUGACAUGGGCGAACCGGGAGGCUUCCCGAUGCCCCCACCUUAUUCAUAUGAUCCGAACGGCAGUGACCUACCUCGAGAUACCAAGGUGUUGCAGUACUACUUUAACCUGGGGCUGCAGUAUUUCCACCAGAAUUACUGGCACUCCAUGGUCUAUCUGCCUCCUCUGCAACAGCAUCAGCAGCCGCCACCACCUCCGCCACCACCACCACCUCCUCCACCACCACCACCACCGAUGCCUUCUCAGCACAUGGCUCCUCUUGAAGCCUAUCCUGUUUAUUCUGAACAUAUGCCAAUGCCAGACCAUGCUAUGUCCCAGAUGUAUAGCGAGCUGGGGAGGAUUGAUAACCGGCAGGUUCCUCCCGAAUCUGUAGCCGCCAACGAAUAUAUGAGAAGCCGCAUGAUGGCAGGUGUCUACACGAAUCCUGAGCCGCCACCACCACCCUCCGGGCCUGUCUACUAUCCAGUUAUGCCAGAGCCCUAUGGCCAGCAUCCCCUACAAGGAUAUGACCCCUGUGUUUCCACCGUCCCUGCUUAUCACUAUGUUGCCCCAUGGCACCAGAUGUCUGCAUAUGGCAAUUCCCCCCGAAUCCAUGGUGCUGUGAAUCCUGGCCAAGUGCCCCAGGUGAGCUAUGUUCCCUCGGCAAAUCCUGGUGCAGCUCACUAUCCUCCUCCAAACAUGUGAGGCUGAGCAGCAGAGUCUUCCCACUGCCAUUUUGCUUGCAUUGCCAUGAUUUGUGGGAAAUAUUUGGAUGAGAAUCGGUGUCACUUUUCUUGCUUUCAGAUGGUUUUUCUUUGGAUUCAUGUUAGUUAUAAAAAGAUUAAGGUUUAUUAAAAGUGCUGACUGUGGAGACUUGAGGUUUAACAUCAUCACCAUGUGGAGCUUUGUCUGCUCCUAAGCUGCCUUGAGGCCCCUUAACAUCAGCUGACUGGCCUUGGGUCACACCAGCCAUUUCUUUGGUCUGAAACAGCCUUUGGGUCUUAGUGAACCCAGUAGAAUUGGACAAAAACUUGCUUCGAGCUCUUGUCAAAAAAGAUCACUCAAUCUGUUUUGCUUGUUAUUCGGGCUGUCGGCAUGACCCACGAGCCUUAGUUUUUGCCUCAUACUCCACUUUCCCUAAAGGGCGAUCGUCACCUCUCGCAGCCUUCAAAUGUUACUACAAAUGUUCAAAUGUUUAGACUGAAUUGUGUUGGCUUGUGGUACUAAGUUGGGGAAGGCACAUAGUGUUCUUUCUUAUAGGAACAUCAGAACAACUCCAUUAUUUUGUCACCUCGAGUGCCUUAAGUCUCUCUUUCAGAGAGAAUUAAUUUCUGUUGCCCACAAUAGUCAAAUAAAACGUUCAAAUGGCCAAA